AUGGGGAAUUGCUGGGCCCGACUGAAGUCGCGCUUUUCAUAUGCCACACCCAUAAAGUCCGCGCCUGACGCUCCACCUUCUUUUGGAGCUCCCAAGAAGCGAACGCUUGGCGACAACGAUGGUAAGGAGCCCACGGUGCACAUUACACUAGCCCACAUAUUCCGGGAGCCUUCCCAGCCACCCCCCCAGUCACCGACACUUGCGCCAAUCGGUCUACAUGGCGAGACUCCAGAGAGCAAGGGCAUUGCGCCUAUGGAAUUGGAGCCCAUAGAUACACUCUCCCUUGGGUCGCCGUCUCUCGCUACAGAUCUUGGUUCACAUCUCCAUCCCCGACCAUUGAAAUAUUACCCCCCUACCCCUCCACGCUCGCAGGCGGCGCCAUCUCCCCGCCCACAGAAGAUCCCAAAGCGCGCCGGGGAGCCUCGCACAUUCAUCGAUGACCCAUGGGAACAACAGACAAAAGAUUUCGAGAACCUCGAUCUAGGGAGACCCGUCUCAGCCGUACAAUUAUUCUCCAUCACGAAAAAGGACAUCCCGGCCAACCGAAUUGCAUCAGUAUACGCGGCCGAGUGGGAGAAACGCGAGAAGGAGAGGCAGUCUAAGCUACGUGAAUCUCGACGUCCGACAAGAGUUGUCCCGCGUGGUCCUCCAGUGCGCGACCUCUCAUGGGAUUGGCUCGACAAAUUACAACGUGCUUGUCAAAGUUCACAGGGUCAGGCUGUCGCAAAGUCUUUAGCGGGUGAUGAUCUCUAUCAGAAGGACAUUGUUACCUGUAUUCGACCGCUGGCCUGGCUGAACGACGAGAUUAUCAAUGCCUACCUCCCGCUACUAGUUCAUUACCUUCGUCAAUCUACCGGUAAUCUGAACCCCAACGAAAAGCCACGCUUUCACGCCUUCAAUACAUUUUUCUAUUCUACCCUUCGCGACAAAGGUUACCAGAGCGUGCGACGAUGGGCGAACCGAGCCAAGAUCGGCGGCGAAGGAUUGCUCAACGUUGAUACCGUCUUUAUCCCAGUUCAUGAGUCGAGUCACUGGACUCUCAUGGUUGUUCGACCAGCAGAUCGUACGAUAGAAUACUUCGACUCUCUUGGAUCUCGUGGUGCUCGGCAGGUGAAGAGGGUCAAAGAAUGGCUUGCAGGCGAGCUCGGCUCAAAAUACAAAGAAGAGGAAUGGACCACACUUCCAUCGGUUUCCUCCCAACAGGACAACGGGAGUGACUGUGGUGUAUUCCUCCUCACAAAUGCCAAGGCAAUUUCCAUCGGUGUCGAACCAACUGCUUUCGGACCAAGCCAUACCCAACUUCUCCGCAGAAAGAUUGUCGCCGAGCUCAUGAACGGAGGGCUUCAUGGUGACUUCAUUCCGCUAGACAAAGCGUCAGGAGCACUGCUGCUUUGA